AUGGGACGAGAACUAGACGAGGCGAGGUUACAAUUACAAUUACUCCCGGCACAUGGCCGCUAAUCAAUGGUUGCUUAACCCUAGCUACCGUGUAGUAGUACUUAGUAGCAGUACCGAUACCCGCACAGGCCGCAGCGCGAAUGAAUCAGCCUCGCCCCCCCUCUGAAACACCGGUGGAUCCAUCAACAACUCCUGUUUCCGCGGGGACACGGCCGGCCCGGCGGACCCCGGCCCAAAAGCGUACGCGCGCGCCUUUUAUAUCCGCGCGCCGGCCAAUCGAUCGGCCACAGCACCACCGCGCCGCACCACACCUUAGACCACACGCAGACGCAGCAGCUUCUUGUUGCCUUAUGCUAUACUAGGUGCUGCUACGUGCUAGCGAGGCAUCGAGGCCGACGAUGGAAGCGGAAGGGGCGGCGGCGGCGGCGGAGAACGGCGGCGCGGGCAAAGGGUCCGACUCCGGCAGCAGGUUCAGGCGGGUGUGCGUGUUCUGCGGGAGCAGCUCCGGCAAGCGGAGCAGCUACCGGGACGCCGCCGUCGAGCUCGGCAAGGAGCUGGUGGCGAGGAAGGUGGAUUUGGUGUACGGAGGGGGCAGCCUGGGGCUCAUGGGGGAGGUCUCCGAGGCCGUGCACAAGGGCGGCGGCCAUGUCAUUGGCGUCAUACCGACCACUCUCAUGGGCAAGGAGAUCACCGGGGAGACCGUGGGCGAGGUGCGGGCCGUGGCCGGGAUGCACCAGCGCAAGGCGGAGAUGGCGCGCAACUCCGACGCCUUCAUCGCGCUACCAGGCGGGUACGGGACGCUGGACGAGCUCCUGGAGGUGAUCGCGUGGGCGCAGCUCGGCAUCCACAGCAAGCCGGUGGGCCUGCUGAACGUGGACGGGUACUACGACUUCCUGCUGGCGUUCAUCGACAAGGCGGUGGACGACGGCUUCAUCAAGCCCUCCCAGCGCCACAUCUUCGUCAGCGCCCCCGACGCCAGCGAACUCGUCCAGAAGCUCGAGCGAACAACACCGUACAUAUAUCGGUCCACUUGACGCUCAUGCAUCUCUUCCUACUUCCCGGGUCCCGGCCUACGCACGCGGACGGCGAAUGAGCCAUGGAGUCAUCAUCAUCCUUCAUCCAAAGUGGCUUGGCCGGCCGGCACCGCGGUCCUGGCGGCCGGCCUCCUGGUUGGUCCUGCGUGCCGUCCUGGGGCUGGGUGGGAGGAUAUGCAAAGCCGGUGGGUGCAGUGCGUGCGCGUGGUGGCCAGCGCCGGCGCCCGUGCGCGCGCCUCGCCUGCCGUCUGCCGCGGUGCCGCCCCGGGACUCGCUGCCGGUCGUCCUCGAUGGAUGAUGACUUGGUCAGGCCCUGUGGCCUGGCACGUACACGUACACGCACGCACGCACGCACGACCUCUUUUUUGUCUGGUCGUCAUCCAAACAGCUAGCCGCCCACAGCGAAUGAGGCGGGCAGGCGGCAGUGUCACAUUCACGCUCGCAUGCUGCCUUUGCCCAGUUGCCCGGCCUGCGCUUGGCUUCCCUGUGCGCAACGGCAUCGGUUCCUUUGAUUUCCACGCACGCUCCCAAAAGCGUCCAGAUUCUCUCUGGUAGGAGUGGCAGAAGAACAGCUGAAUUGAAACAGACAAACAGUCUUAGGCAAGGACCGGCUGGUAGAUAUAUGCUCCAAGCUAGCAGCGGCUUCUAUUGAGCUUUUAAAUUUACAGAAUGUACAGAGUUCUACCAAGAAAACGUUUAUUUAUUAGUAGUAUAUACAAAGAUAGUAGUACUACUCGUAAUAACUUUGGUGUGUGUACAUGUGUCUGUACUACGUGUGAUAACAUACACGUUCAUGCAUGAUGCGUCACUGACCAUCCGUGGAAACCAAAUAAUGUAC